AUGUCUAUAAGAAGUAUAUAUAAUGGGCGUUUGCCCGUGCUCCUGAGGAGUGCGAGAUAUUUACACGGAUCACGGGCAGUGCUGGGCCCUGCAGUGUCCAACGAGAGGCCUACCAACACUGUGGCUUUCAAGUUUUCUUUCAACAAGCCGCGGAAGGAGACGUCCCCGGUGAGUGCGAAGUGGUCCUCGCACAGGAUGCCCAGCAAAGAAGUCCUGCAAGAACAAGCGCAAGUGAUCAAGGCCAAAGAAGAAGAGAAGAAAGUGGCUACGGAGAAGUUUAUCAAGGAGAAUAUGAUAGAAUUGAAAGAACCAGAAGCUGUGGAGAAAGUACAGGACACACCAACAAACAAGGCCACUGCUACAGCCAAAGCAUCCGAUAGCUCAGCGCCGGCGAAGAAGAAAGGAAAGAGGCGGAUACUGAGACCUCGUAAGGCGGUUAUCACACUUUCUCCCAAGGCUAUAUACCAUUUGAAAGCACUGCUCGACGAACCAGAACCAAAGCUGAUCCGUGUCGGUGCCAAGAACCGUGGUUGCUCAGGUCUGACUUAUGACCUACAAUACAUCACUGAACCGGGAAAGUUCGAUGAAGUUGUUGAACAAGACGGCGUCAAGAUAGUCAUCGACUCCAAGGCAUUGUUCAGUGUCGUCGGCAGCGAAAUGGAUUGGGUAGACGACAAACUAGCAUCUAAAUUUGUAUUCAAGAACCCCAACUCUAAGGGUACAUGUGGAUGUGGUGAGAGUUUUAUGGUCUAA